AUGACUUCACGAGCGACCUACCUCCGUCUCUCGCCCCUCACGAACCGCUGGACGCGCACAACCCGUCCCUUCAACCUCUCCAAACACGCUCGUCCCCUCCCCGCGCCUCCUGCUCGCACGAAAGGGGUGAAGGAACCGUUUGAGACGUUGGUGGCGGAUUUGACGCCUGUGCCGGGGGUGCAGGUGCCGCGGCUGGAAGCGGGUGCGAGGGAGGGGGUGCCGAGAGCUGGGAUGGCGGUCGAGGGGGAUGGUCAGGCGAUGCCUGUCGGAGCUGGAGAGGGAGAGAAGGUGAAGGCGGAGCAGAGCACGACGAAGGGCAAGGCGUGGAUGGGCGUCGAGAUCCCUCUCAAGCCAGCGGCACCGGAGGAAGGCGAAUGCUGCAUGUCAGGCUGCGCCGUCUGCGUCUACGACCUCUACCUCUCCGACCUCGAACACUUCCAACUCUCCCUCGCCUCGGCCCGCAAAGCAAUCAUGGCUCGUCUCGAUGCGCUUCCUCCACACGAGAAGGAGCAGAAGAUGAAGGAGUGGCCGGACGAGUUGGGUGAUAAGCCGGGAGAAGGGGUGGUUGGGAAGGAGGGAGGUGUGGAUGCAAAGAAGGAAGCGGAGAAGGAGCUGGAGAGGGAGCGCAAGACGCUCGAUCCGACUGUCAGGGCCUUCCUCGAGAUGGAGGCGCGCGUCAAAGCCAAGGGCAAGGACCGAUGA